AAUCAGGCGGCUGUGUUUCCUGGCGCUGUUUCUGUGUAAUAAUAUUUCCGGUGCACGUUACAGGGGCAACUCAAGUGUAUUUUUCGGUUCUUUUAUAGUCAGAUUAGUGGAAAUUAAACACAUUGACAUUGCCGUACUAUCACUAAAGGUUCAGCGGGCUCGCUGUAACUGAAGCCGAACAUGGAGAUCCCAACCCCCCCCGAAGAUCAAGAACUGAGGAAUGUCAUUGACAAGCUGGCCCAGUUUGUUGCUCGGAAUGGGCCGGAGUUUGAAAAGAUGACAAUGGAGAAACAGAAGGACAACCCAAAGUUCUCCUUCCUUUUUGGGGGAGAAUACUUCAGCUACUACAAGUGCAAGCUUGCUAUGGAGCAACAGCAGCAUCCCUCUACCCGCGAUGGGGAGGAGUAUAAAUCUGAAGACUUGUACAACCCAGGGGCCAAAGACGUGGUAGACAUCCCGCCUCCACCGAUGUCAAUGAUUGCUGCACCUCCGAUUCCUCCACCUGCUACAGCUUCUAUGGAGGAGCUGAUCCAGCAGAGUCAGUGGAAUCUACAGCAGCAGGAGCAACAUCUGCACACACUGCGACAGGAACAAGUGACUGCAGCCAUAGCACUGGCUAUGGAGCAGCAGACCCAAAAACUGCUGCUGGAAACUCAGUUGGACAUCACAGAGUUUGACAACCUGCUGCAACCCAUUAUAGACACCUGCACCAAAGAUGCCAUCUCUGCUGGUAAGAACUGGAUGUUCAACAACGCCAAGACUCCACAGCACUGUGAACUGAUGACAUCACAUCUUCGCAACCGCAUCACUGCUGAUGGGGCACAUUUUGAGCUCCGCCUGCAUCUCAUCUAUUUAACCAAUGACGUUCUUCAUCACUGCCAGCGAAAGCAGCAGAAAGAUUUGUUGGCAGCGCUGCAGAAAGUUGUAGUUCCCAUCUACUGCACCAGCUUCCUUGCUGUAGAAGAGGAGAAGCAGCAGAAGAUCACCAGGUUGUUGCAGCUGUGGGAGAAGAAUGGUUACUUCGAUGAGGAGACCAUUCAGCAGCUCCAGAAUCCAGCACUGGGCCUCGGCCAGUACCAAGCAUCUCUGAUAACAGAGUAUGCUGCAGUGGUACAGCCGAUCCAGCUGGCCUUCCAGCAGCAGAUCCAGGCUCUGAAGACCCAGCAUGAAGAGUUUGUCACCAGCCUGAAGCAGGCACCGCAGCCUGCGCCCAUAGCACAGCUGGCUACCCCUGCUGAGCCUGAGAAGGCCCCACCCAUGACCACAAAAGCCGGGGACGUGAAGCCUGCCAUGUCGGGUCCUCCUCCAGGGGAGUUUGAUGGAGCUUCAUCCAGGCCCCAGGACCCCAGCAAUCCCACUGGACCCUCAGAUAUCCCUUCUAGCAAGCCGGCGUGGUAUGACCCCCAACAUAUGGGCCCCUGGAACCCCAACCAGCCGCCUCCCUUUGACCCAAACCAGCCCCCCCCUCCUUGCCCUCCGUGGAACAGCCAUGAGGGGAUUUGGAAUGAACAGCGGGACCCAGGGAACUGGAGCGGAGGUCCACCCAGAGAAGGGGGCCCCUGGAGCGGUCCAGGUGGGUCUGAUCCGGGCCCUUCAUCUUGGAAUUCAUACGACCAGCAGCCGCCAUGGGGGAACCAGCCAGACCAGCCUCCGUGGGGCCAGAGGGAGCCCCCGUUUCCUCCACGCAUGCAGAGACCUCCCCAUUUCCGAGGGCCCUUCCCUCCUCACCAGCAGCCUCCUCCUUUUAACCAGCCCCCACCACCACACAGCUUCGGACGCUUCCCGCCGCGCUUCAUGCAGGACGACUUUCCUCCCAGGCACCACUACGACAGGCCGCCGUACACCCCACACCGCUUCGACUACGCUCAGGGAGACUUUCCCGGAGACAUGCCAGGUCCUCCUCCACAUCACCAUCCCAACCAGAGGCUUCCUCACCCAGGUAUGGGUGCAGAUCAUCCUCCAUGGGGUGGAGGCCAGCACCCAGAUUUUGGCCCACCCCCACACGGCUUCAACGGCCAUUCACCACACAUGCGCCAUCGACAGCAUCCUGUGCAGGAUGACCCCAGCCUGGUGCCCAACGUACCCUACUUUGACCUGCCAGCUGGUCUCAUGGCUCCGCUGGUCAAACUUGAGGACUGUGAUUAUAAACCUCUGGACCCGAAAGACAUCCGGCUGCCCCCUCCCAUGCCCCCCAGUGAUCGCUUGCUAGCUGCUGUGGAGGCUUUCUACAGCCCUCCAUCACAUGACCGACCCAGGAACAGUGAAGGCUGGGAGCAGAACGGCCUGUACGAGUUCUUCAGGGCCAAGAUGAGAGCCAGGAGGAAAAAGGGACAGGAGAAACGCAACAGUGGCCGUGGUGGCAGUCGCUCCAGGAGUCACUCUCGCAGUAGAGGGAGGUCUUCAUCUCGCUCCAGCUCUCGCUCCUCAAAGUCCUCCAGGUCACGCUCACGCUCGUCUCGCUCCCAGUCCCGCAGCCGCUCCCGCUCCUACUCACGAUCCAGGUCCAGGAGUAGAUCCAGGUCGUCUCGGAGUCGUUCUCGCUCCAGAUCCAGAUCUCAUUCACGUUCACCCGCCAAGAGACGCCGUGGUCCCAAAUCCCAGAGCUCCUCCCCUCCCUCCGCAUCAGUGCUGGGUGCCCCUCCCUCCAAACUCACUGCAGAUAUGAGGCUCGGGGAGGAGAACAAAGGCCAUCAGCUGCUGAUGAAGAUGGGCUGGAGUGGUUCAGGGGGUUUGGGGGCCAAAGAACAGGGCAUCCAGGACCCCAUCAAAGGAGGGGACGUCAGGGAUAAAUGGGACCAGUAUAAAGGUGUGGGGGUGUCACUGGACGACCCGUAUGAGAACUAUCGCAGAAAUAAGAGCUACAACUUUGUGGCCCGUAUGAAGGCGAGGGAGGAAGUCAAUCGCGAACCUCAGGAGGCCCCUUCAACUGAAUGAUGUCAUCAAAUAGCAUCAAACACCUCCUCCCUGUGGCCACCGCCAUCAACCAUCUGAAUUUCACUGUCAGUUUUUAGUCCAAACCCUGUCUAUUGACACAGAAACCAGAGUGACCAAACAUAAUACCACCACACCUGUGAAGCCUGUGAAUGAGGGCAAAGUUCAGUCAUGAGGUUGGAUUCAUUUAUCCUAUCUGUAGAUGGCACAGUCAGCACUGACAGCUGUAACACUGCAAAACUCCUCAAUAAUUUUAAAUUCAGGGCUCUUGCAGGGACAUUGGAACUACAGUCUAAUGAAAAAGAUUUGCAGCUCUCACUAUUUCACUCCCAGCAUUUCUGAUGUAUGGUUUUUUUUUAUCUGUCUCUAAAAAGAAUGUGUGUACGAUGAUAACAGAGGCCUGACACACACUGUGCCUCAACAUUUAACAGCUGCAGAAACAAAUGAGAUAAAUGGUCCCACAUGGAGAAUACAAAAAAGUGAAAUGCUCUGAAUAUCAAGGCAGUUCUUUUGAAAUUUUGUGAACUGUUUUUGAUAUCUGCAAAUGUGUCAACAGUUGAAUAAAAUGGCAUGUUAAAUCAUU